AUGAAAAUAGUUCUAAUAGCCCUGUUCAUUGGCUUAGCAUUCUCUUAAAAUUAAGCAUUAAAUGAAAUUUAAGAAAAUCCAAUUCCUACAUUAGUUUAUGAAACUAAAAAAGAAGAAUCUCAAUAAAUUGAAUAACAUUAACAAUUAUAAGGCUAUAUUGAUAUUGACGGUCAUUUUGUAUCAAAUUAAGCUGAUAACACCUAAAAUUUUAAAUCUGAGCCACUUGUCUAAAAUAAUUAAGAUCAAAAUUCUAAUAGCUAACUCAAUGUUAGUGAUGAUUCCAACAAUUUGUAAGUCUCUACAUAAGAAGGGGCUUAAUAAUUAGUUUCAACAGAUGCAGAAAUUGAUCCAAUGUUGGAUAUGGAAAAUUCUCUCCCUUAUGAAUUCCCUGAAGAUACAUAAGUUUAGGAAGAAUCAAAAGAUUAAGAUAAUGAUAAUCAUUAUUUAUCAGCUAGUUUAGAAUUGCCUAUUCGAAAUGAAAACUAAGUUUAUGAUUCAUUAGGAAAUCAAAUUGAUUCUUAUGAUGGUAUGAGAACUUACUUAUACAGCAGAAUAGGAUGGCAAUUAAGCAAAUAUAAGCAUUGUAUUGUGAUUUAUUCAAAAUGUGAUUUCUAAGGAGAAAGCUUACCAAUUUGUGAAUCUUUGAAGGAAGUUGAGGAUUUUUAAUAUGAUAUCAAAUCCAUCUAUUUACCUGAAGGAUACUAAGUGACAAUAUAUUCUGAAGAGAAUUACUAAGGAUAAGAAGUUACAUACUAAGAGAGUCAAAAAUGUUUAACACAAGCAAUAUCGCUUGCUUAACUAAGAGGUAGAUAAACCAAAUAAAUUCAAAAUCAAGAUCCAAAUCAAAGUAUUUUAACGUCAAAUCUUAGAAUUAGAUAAUGA